AUGGACACACGAGAAUUUCAAGAUGUGGAAUCCAUUGCCAGGGGAGGCAUAUCUUUUGUCUAUCAAGUCAGCCCUGGUGUUGUGGUCAAAAUCCCACAAGACGACGAUUUCGCCAGACAGCAAUUCUGUAACGAACUACAGAUCUAUAAAACUUUCUCCCAGCAAGCAGCCUGCGCAUUUAUUGUGCAGUGUUUCUACUCUACGAACGAGGGGAUCUUCCUUGAACAUAUGAAAAACGAAAUCGACCGCAAAACCGACGUGGUUACCAGUGUGAACCGAUUGGAACCGCUGCACCUACGAUUAGCAUGGAUGAAUAGUGUUACCCAAGCCAUCGCUUUCCUUGAAACGCUGAAUCUCGCCCACGGUGAUCUCCGACCGGACAAUAUUCUCCUUGACGGCAACCUCAGAAUCAAAGUUACAGAUUUUGACUAUACAGCGCCAUUUGGAACACCGUUUCUGGUUUGCCAGGAGCCUUCGGGAAGAACGCUGAGGGAGAAUGAACCGGGGUAUGAUGUGGAAGAGGCGUAUGGUGCCGGAUUACUGGGACCUCGAACCGAGCAAUUCGCCCUUGGCUCUAUAUACUACUUCAUCAACUACGGGAUGGAAGUAUACGGGGAUAAGAUUCUCACGAGCGAUCCGCGUAAUCGUUAUAUAAAGAUGAGUGAGUUACUGCAGGACAUGCAGUUUCCAGUCAUUGAUUGUGAUCCAAUUGGCGACUUGAUUUCCAAGUGCUGGCACAACCAGUUUCCCACCAUUGCAAGCCUAGCCAUGGCUACAGAGAAACUGCUCGAAGAACAAGUCACAGAGGAAACCAACUCAGAUGCCGAUACCAGCAAGAAUGCAGCAUCCACAAAAGAACUAUGUCAAGAAUUGGAGAAACGUGGACUGUUUGGUUUCCUUCGCUCGAAGAGCCCUCCGGUCUAG